CGGACAUUGCCCACUUCGGCCCGGCGUUCUACUUAUUGUAUGGCGUUUCGGGCGGGCAUUUCCAGUUCAUUAAGUGAAAAAAAGGGAGAACAGCGCCCGGACCAUUUUGCCAGUGCCCGAGGGUUAUCGAUUCCGACGGUUUGAUUCCGGUCGCAAUUCCGAGUGGAUGAAAUUCCCCUUCUCAUCGCAUGAUAUGUCACCGCACCUCACCUUACCUCACUCUUGAUCCGGCCUGAUGUUCUAACCGACGCACUCUCACUUCCAUCCGCUCUUCUUCCCCAUCGAUAGUGACCUUGCGCCGACACAAUGGAGGGCCUUCGGUCGGCAGCACGAGCGACAGCGACCAGCCAGUCUCAGUCUCAACCGCAACCUCAACCUCACCCGACUCAGCCACAGGAUACGAUUACAGUCGCAAAGACCGAGGAGAAGAAGCGAACGGAUGCCGAACCCGCAGAACAAGAUGAAGAGUACGAGGACGAUGAUGAGGAUGACUUUGAAAAUUUUACGACCUCGGAAAUCGUAACCGUCUAUGUCGGCCACAAGCGCAAACGGUUUUUCCUGCACCGCGAACUCAUCUGCGAAAGAUCGCCGUUUAUGGAAAAGUGCCUGAAGAAGGACCGCUUCGACGAAGGGUACAAGAACGAACUUUACCUACCCGAGGACGACCCGAAGGCUUUCUCGAUAGUAGUCGAAUGGAUCUACCGCAGCAAACUACCUGCGCGGACGGAGCCGACUUUUGACUUGGGCGAUCUGUCGGCAUCCUACUGCAUGGCGGACAAAUUCGGUAUGGAAGAACUACAGAACAGUAUCAUGGAUAACAUCCGGGGUGCGUUCUCGCGGCGUGACGGCGAACUGUGCAAGCCGCCGCACUUUUCGGCGCUGGCGCUCACACACCUCACGGGCCCGCCUAAGAGCCCGCUCAAGCGAUUCUACGUGGAGCAUCUUGUGCACCAUAUGAUGAAGCAUCCGAAGUGGUACCACGAGUUGAAGAGAAAUGAGCCCAAUCGCGCGGAUCUCGAGGAGUUGUUCAAGAUCCCGGAUCUGGUCAGUUAUAUUAUGAAGAAGAUUUGGCAGUUCCAGGCCGAGCCGUGGAAGGAUCCUGCUACGUGGGAUAAAUGCUGCUACCAUGUUCAUGCUGCGACUGUGUGUCCGACUAGGGCUACGGCGGCGGCCGCUGCGGCAAAUAACAAGGCAAUCAAGGGCCCUGGGUCGGGACUGCACAUUGGUUCUGGACUGGCGGGCCAUGUGCAUGGGCUGGGCGCGCCGGGAAGGUCGUGGCCUCCUUCUGCUAUGGGUGUGUGGAAUCCUGGUGUCGGGUGGUAGGCAUGGUCCUGGACAGCUGGUUGUCAGUGACUACCGUGGUGCAUGGUUGAGGAGGAUGCGGUGUACCGUCAGUCCCUGUGAGGUGC